UGCAGUGUGGGUGCGGCCUAAUGGCGCAGGGCAGGGCAAGGUGCGCUUUUAUUACCUCUGACAACACCGUCACUCCUCAGCUGUCUGCCUUCCUGUGCGAGCCUCCUCUGGAUGCUGUCGGCCCACCCGCACCGUCUCACAAAAUGACGAGUCUGGAUCCGCUCAAAACGGUCAUUUCCAUCGGGAACGUGGACGACACGUCUCUGGCUUUGCCCUCCGGGAACCAGUAUGGAUCAGGCCAGCAGCGCGUCCUGGAGCAAGUGCAGAGUAUCAGGAGGACCAAGUCGAGACAGUCCAGCAGCAGCAGGUCUGGAUCUACGUCUUUAUCUCCAACAUCUCCACACACGUACCCCAUAGCUCCUUCAUACGACUCCAUGUUCAUAGAAGCUCCAAAGUCACAGUCCAGCAUAUCUAAUGGAGGCGCCUUCUUCGGGAACGGCUUCGCUAGAACUCUCCACUUCGAGAAAAACAACCGGCAACUAGUCAACAACUACGUGGGAUCCACUGUGAAGAGGAACACAGGAGCGUCUACCUAUCAGUAUGAGAGGGGUUACGCCCCCCUGGGCUCCAAGGCAGUCAGUCCAAAAAACACCAGCCGCAGCGAGCCGGAUAUGGCCUGGCAGCGCUCCAUGCCAAAACGCUCUGCUCCUCCGCAGGGAUUCCUCGCCAACAGGAACACCUACAGAGUGGAGAGGACCAAAAGUCAGUUGAUAACAAGCACUGCACCCCAGCCCCCGCUUCAGCUUCAGCGUAACCACACUGUGAAUGGCACAGGUCAGGCCAGAACAAAAAGCCAGUUUGUGUGCAGCCAAGCUGAGGUGACCAAAACACUGUCGAGGCCUCCUGCUGUUACUGAGAGCACUCCGAAGAGCAAAGGAGAUUUUUGGUCAAAUGACAACAGUGGAUUUGCUGACAUCACCAUGAAGGAAGCUGUGGAUUAUCUUUCCAGCGACGAUGAGACAUACCAGCACUGCGGCGCGUCCUACAUACAGCACAACACUUUCAUUGACGACAAGGCCAAAGAGGAGGUGUUGAAGUUCAAUGGGAUCCAACCAUUGGUGGGUCUGCUGCACAGCCCCAGUCAGCAAGUCAGCCAGACAGCUUCAGCUGCCCUGCGUAACCUGUCCUUUAAAAGCAACAGUAACAAGGAGGAGAUACAUCGCUGUGGCGGUGUCACGGACGCUGUGGCUCUGCUCAGAGAUACAGACUCUGCGGAGAUACAGAAACAGCUGACAGGUCUUCUGUGGAAUUUGUCCUCUGCAGACAGCCUGAAACCAGACCUGCUGAAGAGUGCUCUGCCUGUCUUAAUGGAGCGUGUGAUCCUGCCUUACACAACAGGUCCUGACCGGACCAGCAAGAUCAGCCAAGACCCUGAGGUCUUCUUCAAUGCCACGGGAUUGCUACGAAACCUAAGCAGCACGAAGCAAAGCAACAGACAGGCGAUGAGGAAAUGUCGAGGUCUGGUCGACUCUUUGGUCAGUUACGUUAAAGACUGUGUGGAUGCAGGAAACCCAGACGAUAAGUCUGUAGAAAACUGUGUGUGCGUCCUGCACAACCUGACGUUCCAGCUGGAGAACGAGGCUCCGGCUCUCUUCAACAGGAUCACAGCUUUGGCCAAGACUGCCAACAGGACCCCCAGCCAGGGCGACAUCGGCCCCAUCGGCUGCUUCAGUCCACAGGGCAAAGCGUCAGAUAACAUGCAACACUUUGACUUUCCAGUCGUUGAGGAUCCACAACCUACUGGGGCUGGUCAGCUGAUCCACUCCAAAACUCUGCAGAAUUACCUGUCUUUGCUCGCCACUAGCCAGCAAGAAGAAACACAGGAAGCGUGUUGUGGAGCCCUGCAGAACCUCACAGCACAUGAAAGCAUUGUCUCUGGUGUAAUGAGUCAGAAUAUUGUGCAGAAGCUGAAUGGCCUGCAAGUGAUCACUCCACUUUUAAAAUCAGACAAAGUGAACCUGCAGAGGAACGUAGUGGCGUUGGUAGGAAACCUGACGAGAAACCCGAACCUGCAUAAUGCCAUCGCUCGUAAAGCCCUCCCAGAGCUGCUGGACAUCCUCACUGCAGGCACUAAGGGAGGGAAUGAGUCUGAUGACACGCUGGCCAUGGCCUGUCAGACCUCCAACUGCCUGCUCAUGAAGGAACAAGCGAUGGGCAAAUUCUUCGUAAAAUAUGAUCUGAUAAAGUCCCUGAAAGAGCUCAGCCAGAACGGAUAUUUCCCCAAAUCCAGCAAAGCUGCGGCGCUGCUCCUCUACAACCUGUGGUCAGACAAAGAGAUUCAAACCUUCCUGAAAAAGAAAGGGAUGAGCAAGGCCUCGUUUGUGAAUGACGUCACCACAGCGGCACACAAGUCGGCUCAAGUUGUCGAUUAAGGACACAGCUUAGAUGAAUCUCUGUGAAUUAUUUAGCAACUCACCUGCACGUCCUCUGCACGUCCACUAAGGCUGAGCAGCAUCCUUUCUCAUUUCACAAAGACUUACAGAUUGUUUUAAUACAUGUAUCCAUAUAAUGUUUCCAUCAACGUACAGUGGCCCUGUGUGCUGUAAGGUUUUCUUUGUAGGAACAAAAAGGUGAAGGUUAAGAUGUAACAUGUUAGCAAGCAGCUGUCAUUGUUUACUUCUCUAGUUUUAACUGCUUUUAAAUGUCUUUUAAAGGGACAGUUCACCCCCACAUCAAAAAUGUUUCCUCUUACCUGUCAUGCUAUUUAGCAAGCUAGAUUGUUUUGGUGUGAGUUGCAGAGUUUAUCGGCCGUAGAGAUGUCUGCCUUCUCUUAAAUAUAACAGAACUAGAUGGCACUCAGCUUGUGGUGCUCAAAGCGCCAAAAAAUACAUGUGAAAAACUCAACAGCAAUGUCUCUUUCAAGAAAUCAUGACCUGGUUACUGAAGACGAUCCACAGACCUUGUUGUGAGCAUAGACUGUAUAAAAUGGAUGUAGCAACAGUGAUGUCACCCAUUUUUUUGUGGACUCCCAUUUUGAAGCCUUAGCUUUGGGAUUUUGGCCAGCGCCAUCUUGGAAGCCAGAAGUGACCAUAUUUGAACAAGAGGGUGGAGCUGUGGAUGGACGAGGGGUGGAUCUGACUCAAAGACUAUAACGACAUCUUGCAGACAGCCCUGCCCUUAAAUAUAUGUAGCUUAAAGCCUGUGCUUUUGUAUAUAUAUAAUGUAUAAGUAAUAUCCGUCAGUAUAUCAAUAUCAUACAUUUUUACUUCCUAAUAGCCCCUGAAAUCCAGUAUUGGUCGGGCUGUAAUCUCUGACGCUGACAACCACCACUAACGCCUUUUAAAAGAGUUAUAACAUUUGACAUAGGUGUCCAUAGACUGUAAGAAAAAACGGAUGUAGCUACCCCAGUGUCACCAAUAGGUUUGUGGACUGCUGUUUUGAAGCCUAGAGUUCGGCAUUUCAGCCGUUGCCAUCUUGUUUUUUUGGAGACAGAAGACAGACGGACUAUAUCUGACUAGAGUUAGGGGUGGGUGUGACUCAGAAGUCGAGGACGCUAUCAGCAGACAGCCUGUCACUCAAAGAAGCCCGUCCUUAAUUAUGCUUAACUUUAAGCCUUAAUAAAAUGUAAAUAGGUGAGUUAUAACAAAUUUCACCCUCCGUACAGUUGUCAUGAAUGUUGAAAUUAGCUAUAGAGACCGAAACUGUUUUUGUACCAGGGCGUAAACAUGUUUAUUUCUGCUGUGGAGUUGGGCAUGGGUAGGUUUUUAACAUGGGGGUGUAUGGGAAUUGAGUGGCUUGUGGAGCCAGCCUCUAGUGGCCAUUAGAGGAACUGCAUUGUUUUGACACUCAAGUGCUGGCUUCAUUUUUCAGCCCCAGAUGCUGACCUUUGUUUGUGAGCAGUUUAAUGUAGUAACUUUUUUCUUUCUACCGAACUACACCCACUAACUGUAUCACAUUACAAAAAGAAGCGUGCAUCUACUGCUAGCUCACCUAGCACUGCUGAGCUAGCCAAUGUUACACCUCAGCAGAGGAGGACGCUGUCAAUAUUUACAAGUCACGCUGUCAUGAUCAUUAGUGUCUUAUCGAUGAGUAGAUGCACGCUUCCUUCUGCAGAGUGAUACAGCUGGUGGGUGUAGUUUGGUAGAUAGAAAAUAGUUCCUACAUGAAGCUGCUCACAAUAAGGUCUGUGAAAUAUCUUGAUAAACUGGAUCAUGAUUUCUGGAAAGAGACAUUUUUUUUGACAUUUUGAGCACCACAAGCCGAGUGCCGUCUGAAUCAAAUCAAAUCAAACUUUAUUUACAUAGCACAUUUUAUACAAUCAUACAGCUCAAAGUGCUUCACAGAACAGGAGUAAAACAGUACAGAAGAAGUAACAAGUGAAUAGCUAGACAUUACAACAAUAAAUGAUAAAAUAUUUAAAAUAAAUAACAUUUAAAAGACAAAAUUAAUACAACAAAAGAGUAGAAAAGACGAGACUUAAAAACAGAGGCAAUGAAAGAUGAAGCACAAGUGAAAGACAGUUCCGUUUUAUUCGAGAGAAGGCUGACGUCUCAAUGUCCGAUAUUUACAAUACUCUGCAACUCACACCAAAACAAUGUAGCUUGAUAAAUAGCGCUACAGGUAAGAGGAAAAAUAUGUAGUUUUUGAUUUUGGGGUGAACUGUCCCUUUAAUGUAAAUAUCGUGUCUGCUACCAUGAGCUUGAUUUGUUAGAUUGUAACACAAAGGGUUAAGAUUUUGAUUUUGCACUGACAUUGCUGUUUUGAUACAUAAAGCUAUGUUAAAAAAAUAAUUUUGAUGUUGUAAAAUGAACCAAGUUUUCUGUUGGAUUUUAAAAGGUUUGGUACAAAAGCAGUGACGUGUGUUUACUUUUCGUAAAGACAACUUUUGUUGGUUAGUGUAUCCAUCUUUUUAAAAAUAUACGCGUGUGUGUGAUGUUGAGAUAUUUGUAUUGUCCCAAAAAAUGUUUUAAAUAAAGUUUACAGAGAUCUA